UUCUCACAAUCACUGCUCUGAUAUCAUAUUCUUUCAAUAAUUCACGGUAAUAAUUAACGAGAAGGUUAUUGGAUGCUCUUUAUACCCUAAAAAGUUAUUGGCUUUGGGGAAGGACCCUUCAAGUCUAUCGUCACCUGCCAGAUUUGGGGAUUAGUAAUUUGAUUUGGUGAAACGGUGGGUCGCUCGUCAAGUUUGGAUAUUUGAUGAGAUUUAUUUUGAGAUAGGACGAAAUUUUUUUUUGCUGUUGAAGCUGGAUAUUGAGCAAAAUUCAUCUGGAUCUCAGAUACUUUGUGUAGUCAAUUUAUAGAAAAUGCCUAGGGAUUUGUCGCGAUCGCGGUCACCCUCAUACAGGCGAAGGCAUUCACCAUCGCCAGUGGUGCAUAGGUAUAGCAGGAGGAACCGAAGGGAUAGGAGCCCAUCUCCAUAUUCAUCCUAUUCUUAUAGCAGAAGGAGAAGUCGAUCUAUUUCUCCACGACGUCGCAAAAGUCGUUCUCCAAUUCCAAGACAUCGUAAAAGUCGUUCUCCAACUCCAAGGCGUCAUAAGUGGCAAAGAAGUAGGAGUUCCUCAUUGUCUCCUACUCGUAAAUCUUCUAGUCCAAGUCUUGCGUCAUUGGAGCGCAAAAUUAUUGGUGAAAAAUUGAGAAAAGAAGAUGAAGAAGAGAAGAAGAGGCGUCAACAGGAAGCAGAACUAAAACUGAUUGAAGAGGAGACAGCAAAGCGGGUAGCAGAAGCUAUACAGAAGAAAGUUGAAGAGAGCUUAAAUUCUGAGGAGAUCAAGCUGGAGAUACAGAGGCGUUUGGAGGAGGGAAGGAAAAGACUUCAUGAAGAAGUUGCCAUUCUACUUGAGAGAGAAAAAGAAGCUGCUCUUAUUGAGGCUAGGAGAAAAGAGGAACAAGCUCGAAAAGAAAAAGAAGAGUUGGAAAAAAUGCUUGAAGAGAACCGGAGGAGGGUGGAAGAAGCUCAGAGAAGGGAAGCUUUGGAGCAACAGCAGAGAGAGGAGGAACGAUAUCGAGAAUUAGAAGAGCUUCAAAGACAGAAGGAAGAAGCAAUGAAAAGGAAGAAGCAGCAAGAGGAUGAAGAACGUUUAAACCAGAUAAAAUUGUUGGGCAAGAACAAGUCUCGGCCGAAGUUUUCAUUCGCAUUUGGCUCAAAAUAAUCACUUGGAGGACCAAAAUGUCCAAAGACAGAAGGAAGAAGCAACAAGAGGAGGAAGAACGUUUAAGCCAGAGCAAGAACAAGUCUCGGUCGAAGUUGUCAUUCGCAUUUGGCUCAAGAAAAUUACUUGGAGGACCAAAAUUCAUUUACAUUAAAUGUAUGUGUUGGACUUGAUUACUUGUUUUCAUUUGUACUUUGAGGAUUUUACAAUGGUUAAUCCAGGUUUUGGUGUUCUGUUGUUCUGGAUUGUUCUGUUGUUCAACCACAAGAAUGGUUUUGAUAUGACGAGUCUAUUAAUUAGCUAUGCUGCUUGACCUGUGAA